UGUGCGGGCCACUUGGUGUGUCCUGGACUUUUUCUGUAGAGAUUUAUCACUCAUUCGAGGACUUUUAAGCGAUGCAGUUUUUGGAAAGUAAAUAUUAGUGGAGAUCUGUAGUUGGAGUUUGGGACUUCUGCAACUUUUGACCAUUCAACUUAAUUACUUCAACGAUCCACUGCAGACGCCUGGAUGCAUUUAUCACUGGAUACCAUGAGUCUGGUGGACGACAGCUGCCUCUCACCAAGUAACUUCCACGACAUGGGGAAGAGUGGGGGCAGUAUGGGUCCAGGACAUGUUCACAGCAUUGAUGUGAUCCUGGGCUUCAGUAAAGAUCAUGAGGGGCUGCUCAGUCCCACAGGGGGAUCAGGACCUCCACGUGUGGACAUGGAGAGUCUAGUGGAGUCCAGCAAACAGCAGGAGUCUCACCCCACAUUUAGUGGUCACCUGUCCACUCUGAGGAACGGCAACACAGAGCAGCAACAGUACAACGAAACCAGUUUAUUCACCAACAAGUGUGAUGAAGAACUAAAUGAACUGAGGAAGAGUGUGGAGAGUGAAGAAGGCAAUUCUCCAGAGUCCUGCAAAGACGAUCACCCCAAGAAGAAACACAGACGAAACCGUACCACGUUCACCACCUACCAGCUUCAUGAGCUGGAGCGGGCUUUUGAGAAGUCCCACUAUCCAGAUGUGUACAGCCGAGAAGAGCUUGCCAUGAAAGUCAACCUUCCCGAAGUGCGUGUUCAGGUGUGGUUUCAGAAUCGCAGGGCUAAAUGGCGCCGACAAGAGAAAAUGGAUGCCAGCACCAUGAAGCUUCACGACCCUCCCAUGCUGUCUUUGAACCGCCCCACACCUGUGCACACCAGCAUGAGCUCCAUCACCAACUCUCUUCCCCUGGACCCCUGGCUGACCUCUCCUCUGUCCAGUGCCACUCCUGUUCACAGCAUACCUGGAUUUAUGGGGCCACCUCAAAGUCUACAACCCAGCUAUCCCAGCCACAGUUUCCUUAACUCUAGCACUCACCCCGCUCACUCUCACCCGCACCCAUCUAUGGGCCAAGGGAUGCAGAGCAUGGCACCUCCCCCUUAUCAAUGCCCUGCUCCAUACCCAGACAAAUACCCACUUGAGGAUGUAGACCAGCGCAGCUCUAGCAUUGCUGCUUUGAGAAUGAAAGCAAAGGAGCACAUUCAGUCCAUGGACAAGACCUGGCAACCCAUGUGAUGACCAACAUGGCAACACAAGUCUUUGGCAGCUGAAAAUAGAAUUAAUUACUCUGUUCUUUUUUAUAUCAAAGAGGAACAAACAACAAAGACAAUACAGCUGCAAGUAUACCAUACCAUGAGAUCGUAGCAGUAUGCUGCUCAUAUGCAGCAGUUUAAAUGCACCUAUUUGACAUGUCUGCCAGCAGAGUUAGCAUGUUCAUACAAUAUUCAAACAAAUGCAAAGUUAUUUGUGCAAGCCAUUAUUU